AUGGACUCCCGAAAAGUGGCAGAGUUAAAGGGCUUCGUGCAACUAUGCGAGUCCAAUCCCGCCAUCCUGCAACUUCCCGAGAUGGCUUUCUUCCGGACUUGGUUGCAGAGCAUGGGUGCAAAAAUACCCCAAACUUCCCCCAAGAGUCAUUGCCAGGGCGAGUGUCCCUGUGGUCCUCCACCUAAAUCUAAAGCUUCCCCAACUGAGCCGGCGCCUCCUGUUUCGUCCGAGAGCGAGGAGAGUGAACUAGAGGAAGACCGGGAGGGCGUCAUUGAACCAGACACGGACGCACCACAGGAAAUGGGAGAUCCUGAUGUUGAGGUGACAGAAGAGAUGAUGGACAUGGCCAAUGACAAAAAGAUGGAAGCCAUUGAUGCUCUUGGAGGAGGUGAUCUGCAGAAAGCACUGGCUCUCUUCACAGAGGCAAUCAAGCUAAAUCCCUGCGUGGCCAUUAUGUACGCAAAGAGGGCAAGCGUUUAUGUACAGAUGCAGAAACCCAAUGCAGCCAUCCGAGACUGUGACAGAGCCAUCCAGAUCAACCCGGACUCGGCGCAGCCUUACAAAUGGAGGGGGAAGGCCCACCGGCUGCUGGGUCACUGGGAGGAGGCAGCCCGGGAUCUGGCCACAGCGUGUAAACUGGAUUAUGAUGAAGAUGCCAAUGCACUGCAGAAGGAAGUCCAACCUAAGGCAAACAGAAUCAUCGAGCACCGGCGCAAAUGUGAACGCAAGAGGGAAGAGAAGGAGAUCAGGGAGAAGCAGGAGCGCAUCAAGAAAGCAAGGGAAGAGCAUGCUCGGGCUCAGAAGGAAGAGGAAGCCAGAGGAGGGGCAGGAGGAGGAGCAGGAUUCUUCCCAGGUGGGGCAGGAUUCCCUGGCGGAUUCCCAGGCGGCGCCGCCGGCAUGCCAGGUCUGAAUGACCUCCUGCAAGAUCCAGAGUUGCUCACUGCCAUGCAGGAUCCAGAGGUGAUGACUGCCUUCCAGGAUGUUGCACAGAAUCCCGCUAACAUUGCAAAGUACCAGAACAACCCUAAGAUUAUGGCGCUAGUCACCAAGCUGAGUUCCAAGUUUGGAGGCGCCGCACCGCAGCCGUAG